UCUUUUUUUCACUAACCGCCAUCCCCAGCAACCGCAUCAAAACCAGUCAAGAUGGUUGCCGCAAAGAAGCACGUUCCCAUCGUCAAGAAGCGCACCAAGCUCUUCAACCGCCACCAGAGUGACCGGUUCAAGUGCCUUGACCGAUCAUGGCGCAAGCCCAAGGGUAUUGACAACCGUGUCCGCCGUCGGUUCAGAGGCAACAUUGCCAUGCCCUCGAUCGGCUAUGGCUCCAACAAGAAGACCCGUCACAUGAUGCCCUCCGGCCACAAGGCCUUCCUCGUCAGCAACACCAAGGACGUUGAGCUGCUGCUGAUGCACAACCGCACCUACGCCGCUGAGAUCGCCCACAACGUCUCAUCCAGAAAGCGCGUCGACAUCAUCGCCCGCGCGAAGGAGCUGGGCGUCAAGGUCACCAACUCCAAGGCCAAGGUCACCACCGAGGUGUAAGCGGUUUACGGCGGUUGUUCUCGUUUUUCUCCUCGGCGAAUGCAUGGGAUACGGUCUUGCUUUUGGUGUCUUGCGGGAAAAAGGACAGGCACGCACAGCUACUCCAAUCACCUUUGGGAAGGGUAGAUGAAUGGAAUGAAUUGAUAGGAGAGUAUUCCGUUCCGCGAAAAGGCGGUUGUGCGGCCUCGAGUCGAUUCGGUCUUGCGGUGGUGGCUAUGUUGGCAUUGUGCGGGUUAGCAUCAGCCGAAAAAAAUCAAAAUUCUUCGCACGAUAUCAAUCCGACGCUAUCGAUGUUCC